AAAAUUUAUUGUAUUAACACGUGCUAGUCAGUGCCAGUCAGUGCUAGUCUCCUGCUUAGCUGGAGGUGUAAAAAUCAUUUAGUUUUUGUAUUUACUGAUGAGUAUUAUAAACAUUGAUUAAUUAUAAUUACUUCAGUAACACAGAAAAUACUUUAAUUGUUACUUUCCGAUCAAUGUUUAAUUUGUCUAUGUUACUACAUGGAAUGAAUAAUUUUUGUUUUGAAAGUACAACCAAGUUAAGAGGUUAUUUCAUCAGCAAUGGAAAGUGGGAAGUCACACAAAAAUGUGGGUUCUCCGAUCACUGUAGUUGAGCACGAUUCAGAUAAAUGCUCACCGGCAUCUCCAAGCAAAGAGUUAUCUAAUGCUAAAAUGAGCGUAUCAAAUUUAAGUUCAGAUAUAUUAGACGGUUUUAUCGUGAAAGAAGAUUUGGAUACGGAGACUGUCUUAAUUGUCACUGGACCGUCACUGCGUCCAGAUAUUAAUGAAAGAGACAAGAAAGAUGUAUCAAGGUGUAAUGUAUCCGAACAGCCCAAAAAAUUGCUCAGUACUAAUCAGAAAAAAUCUUAUAAUCAGAGCAGAAAUGAGCAACUUGAAGAAAAUAAAUUAUAUCAACUUGAAAAAUCAAAGCAGGAAGAGAAAUCAGUUCGUAACGAAAUUAACUUAAAUGACAACGCUAGCAAUGUACAAACGCCUAACAAAAAAAGAGCUUCAAGCCACACAAAGUCAUUAAAGAAGAGGUCUAAUAGCUCUGAUAUUUAUAAGGACUUAUUGGAUGACAUUAACGAUAACGAAAUAUCAAAUAAGAAACCACAAAAUCAUCCGCAAAAUGGAUCUAGUACUUGUAAUAAUUUACUAAAUGACACAGCCGAUAUUACAAUGGCCGAAGUGGUACCGUCAUUUCGUAAUUUAAAUCCAUCUGCUGCAAGAAUAACUUCACGAUUUUAUAGUCUUGAGAAAAAAGUUAUUGUUAUAAUGGAAACAGGAAGUAAAUUUUGUUUUAGUGGCAAGCUUAAAGUUACAGUCCUUUACGGAGGUAUAGAAGUAUAUGGAUAUGUCCUUGAUUCACCAGAAAAAACGGUUGAAGUUUAUUCCCCAAGAAGUCAAGGUCUUGUCAGCAUUACAAGUAUCGAUAAUUCUUCCAAUUGUAAUCUUGAAAAUACUUGGAAAUUACUUACAUUGGAAGGUGUUGAGCGUGACGUAGAAACCCAUUUGCAGAGAGAUCUCAAUCAAUGUGAAAACCACACAGUGAUUUUAUUAGAAAAUAUAGAAAAUGAAUUAACAUCCUUCUUAAGUGCUUAUUGUCCUUAUAAACUAUUUCCAAAAAUAGAAGAAUCCAACAAUUCUAAUUGGACUCACCCCAAAAGAGCUGAAAUAAAUUUACAAGCUAACUUCUAUUUUGAAAAUUCAGGAAGACAAUUAAUAAUUGAUCCCAGAUGGAAAGAAGAAGUUAUAGAUAAGAUUUUAGAACAAUCGGCUUCCGGAGAGCGAUCUUGUACACUUCUUGCUGGUGGAAAGGGUGUAGGAAAAUCUACCAUGGUACGAUUCCUUAUAAAUAAUCUGUUAAGAACAUCAAAGGUUGUUUUAGUGGAUUUGGAUCCAGGUCAAACGGAAUGCACUCCACCUGGCUGUAUUUCUAUAAAUGUGAUCAAGGAACCACUUUUAGGAGCAAAUUUUACCCACUUGAAGACACCUUUCUAUAAAUUAUACAUCGGAGAUGUAGAUAUAGUGCGUUGCAUUCCACGUUACAUCGAAGGUGUAAAAAAGUUAAUUAACUGCCUGAAAAACGCCUCACAAUUAUUUGGCCUUCCAGUUGUAGUGAAUACAAUGGGUUUUUGCCAAGGAAUUGGAUGGGACAUCGCAGUUUAUAUAAUAAAAAUGAUUCAACCCACAGACAUCAUUCAAAUUGGUUCAAAACACGUAAAAAACAAUUUCGAUGAACCAUUUUACAGGAAUGUCAUCAAUCGCCAGAAUGUCAAGUGGAUUUCAUGGGACAAGGACAUACCAAUGAACAAACCAGCUAAACAUAGGUUGCAUUUGAUACAAUCUCAAGCUGAAGAAAGAAUCAAAGAUCAUGAAACUUCAAAUAUGAAAGCCUGUCAACACAGGGAUGUCGUCAUGCUAGCAUAUCUAAGCCAAAUCUUACAGAACCGAGAAAAGUCUCGGAUGUCUAUCUACACACAAGUGCAAAGUAUAACAGAUGUUGUACCAUAUAAGAUUCCAUUUGAUUCACUUUGUGUAUCGUUAAUUCGGUCAGUCGUGCCAGCAUCUCAUGUACUGGCUGCAAUGAAUGGAAACAUUGUUGCACUUUGUGGCGUUGAUCUGCAAAAUGAUUUAACAGAAACAAGUGCAGAAGAAGAAGGCUUAAAGGAUCCUAAAGUACUUGCACGGGCACCGUUAUCUACUUGCUACGGAUUUGGUAUAGUACGAGGUAUAGAUAUGGAAAAAAGGGAGGUGUUCUUAAAUACUCCACUGUCAGCUGCAUUAUUGCAAUAUGUCAAUUGUUUUGUCGGAUGCUCACCGAUUCCCUUAAAUCUACUUCAGUUGAACCAUCCUGGCGCACCAUAUUCUGGAAGCCACGGUGAUUUACCUACAAGUCGUGACACACGACGAGGGUGUUUUAAAAUGGGGUAUCAAGACCAGACAAAUACAGGAAACAGUUAACAUCACUGUUGUAUUCAUUCUGUGUUAUACAAAAACCUUGUAAAUAAUAUAAGUCUAAAAGCCA